UUAUCAACAAUUGUGUAGUUUUAUAAAACACCAAACGUUACAUAUGACAGGAACAUCGCCGCUUACGAGUUAAAAGUGAAUUAUUUAUCGCUAUAUGGACGUUACUGUAGGUAACUACUUCUGUUGGCGGAGGUACAUUGCGCGGUCGCGAUUCGUUGUUUCCACAUGCGCCAAGCGCAGCGUAAGUUCAAUUGAGGUUUGAUUGAUGGACUGCAAGCGGAAACUCUACGCUGUAAACUUUUUACGAUGGUCGUGAAAGGCUAGUUUUGGUGGGUUUGUUUUUGUAUUUCACGAGCCGCCUAAAUUGUGAUUUUCACACGGGAAUACAUCCGUCUUUACUGUACAGAUCCCGCGCGGUUAGUCCGAGUUGUAGGUUGAGUUGAGCUAAUGUUUCUUAGCCUAGCAUAUGCGAGGUAACACAAGUUCGGGAUCAAGUGAAGCGAUCUGACGGAUUUGAUCAGGGAUCUGCUCGGGCCACUAACGUUACCGCGGGUCCGCGAUGUUAGGGGGAAACGGGACAGCCAGGGGGGCUGUGCGCCCCGGUAACGGCGCAGGGUUGACCCCUCUACAGGUGGGCAGCACAUCUGGGGCUCUGGGGCCGGUGAACCUGCCCGAUGGGGGCAGAUACGACGACGGGCCGUCGGUGGAGGCUGUGCUGAGCGCCUCCGACGGAGACUCGGACUCCGGGGACGACGAGGAGAGUCCCGCGCUGGACAGGAGAGGGGUGAAGCGGGAGAGGAGCGAGAUGGAGGUCGGUGUGUCCUCGGGAUCUCACGCGGGACUGUCUGCGGGAUACGGAGGGGUUUCCUCCGGGGUGGCUGGGGCGAAACCGGGCAAGAAAACCCGAGGACGGGUGAAGAUUAAGAUGGAGUUUAUAGACAACAAGCUGAGGAGAUACACGACCUUCAGCAAGAGAAAGACUGGCAUCAUGAAGAAGGCUUAUGAACUAUCCACCUUAACGGGGACGCAAGUCUUGCUCCUGGUUGCCAGCGAGACUGGCCACGUCUACACGUUUGCCACGCGGAAACUUCAGCCCAUGAUCACCAGUGAAACGGGUAAAGCCCUGAUCCAGACCUGCCUGAAUUCCCCUGACUCUCCACCGCGCACGGACCCUUCCACAGACCAGCGGAUGAGUGCCACGGGAUUCGAGGAGACCGACCUCACCUACCAGGUCUCCGAGGCUGACGGGCUCACAGAGCCAAAGGAGAUGCUCAAGCCGUCGUUCACCAGCACCAACAGCACGACCACACAGUCGUCGGCCUCUUCCUCUCCCUCCUCGUCCUCCGUGUCCAUGCACACUCAGAGCGGCGCCACCUGCUGGCCGGUGACUGCAGGGAUGAACGCUCAGAGCGGCUCCAGUGCAAACGGGACGGUGCUCAAAGGCUCUCCCGGCGGAGUCAUGCAGCUGCCCAGCGGAUUCACGCUCAUGCCAGGCACUGCUCUUCCUCCUGGCACACACACUGUUCCUCUCAGUCAGCUGCAGACACACUCUCUGGCCAUACAGACGCACAACAGCGCCGCCCCCGCACACACACAGGCCGCGCUCUUCCGCCUGCCGGCCGCCGUCUCGCUCACAGGUGGUGCGAUGCCUCAACAGUUACAGGCCAUCCAGGUUCACCCCAGUCCUCAGAGCAGUGACAGCAGUCCUGAGAUCAGCCAGACCUCCACCAGCUCCACUGCCAGCCACACCGCCACCAUAGUCACGUCCUCAGUGCCUUCUUCAGUGGCAGGUCACAUGAUGUACCCCGGAGCGCACGUCAUGUACGCUACGUCCUCCUCCGCCCUCGCUGACGGGGGUCUGACUGUGCUCAACACCUUCCCACAAGCCCCCGGCGCCAUGCACAUGUCCCACACACAAGGCCAAGACUCAGGUGCAGUUCCUCAGAUGUUUCUCACAGGUCCUCCUGGAACUGUACAGAUCCCCGUUUCAGCCGUUCCUCUUCAUUCGAUGUUGAUAAACCAGCAGCCCAGCGGCAGCGGCAGCACCCUCACAGAGCUGCGAGUGGUGAAUAUGGACAAUCCCAAAGGAGACUGACCCAUGUGACCACUCACACGCACUGAUAUUACAGGGAUCACUCAUGCCAUGCAAUCAGACUGCCAUUGUAUUUAUUACUGCCUUCUCGCUGCGUGGGGUACAGCAAGGACGUGUACUGGGACAUGUGAAGGAUGAUCGGGUCUCCUCAUGGACUCGUUUCGGUGGGUAGUGUGAUAAUAGAUGAUUUCUGUUGGCACCCAUCUAUACUUGAGGAUUUCAUAGAGACGCCUGCACUAUCACUGCUUGGUCUUCACCUGUUUUUGCAGAAGGAUGUACAAUUAUGUUCGCUUUCAGUAAAAUUCAAACCUCUCGGCUGUACAGCAGUUGAAGUAUCAAUCUUUCUUUCUUUUGGGAAUGCCUCUCUUGAUCCGAUUUGUAAUUCGCCUCCAUUACAUUUUAAGAUCUGUGAAUCUUUUGAUGUCAAAAAUGAAUUCUUUCAAGCAUCUAUGUUGUGAAAUUAUCAUAAGUUUUGGUAUAGUUUUAAUGGAGGGUUGUGUGUUAUUUCUCGUUUUAAGGAAUGUUUCACCAAGAAAGGACGAUUCUGUCAUUCUUUUCCAUCUCUCAUAUCAUUUCAGACGCAAAAAAAGUAGUUAUUUUGCAGAAUGUGCAAACUUCUCUCCAUUUAAAUAAAUGGUGACUGAUGCAUUUAAGCUAUAAGUCCCACCUUUAUCAAAAAUAUGUUUUUUUUUUUUCUUAAUUUUUAAUUAACAAGCAUUGACAGAUUUGGAAAGACAUGAAAAUGAGUGAACUUGCCUUUGAAGUAAUGCUGGAUACUCUUGCACUGCCAUCAGCACUCACGAAGAAGAUCAUCUACAGUUUGAAUCCGUCAGCUAAUAAACAUAUCUAAAAAAUAAAAUUUCAUCCUCAUCACGUUCUCUAUGGCCUCUGCUACUCACUGAGAAGUUAUAGGAUACCCUAAAAUGAUCCACUUAUAUAAUUUGGAUUUUAAACCUGAUCCGUACUACAAAAAUGUCAGAAAAAGUUUGCAUGUCGCUGUAAUGCUGUGCCAAACGAUACUGUACACAAUCGAACUGUCAGAAGUGGACUUCUCUGCUUCACAUGCGUUCACUUUUUAUGAUGCUGUAGGAGGAAAACACUGACUUGCAUUUGCACUGCAUGACAACGUACCCAAAACCGUACCGAUCCCAAGUGAAUAAAUGACAGAUUGUGCUCUUACGGCUUUUUUAGUUUACCGAAAUAAUAAAAUGCGUGAUUGAUCUGCUACUAGGUACUAGAAUGGCAAGUUUUGUUCAAAACAACUGUAGUUUUCACUGAAAUCGCUUCUAUUCAAUCAAAUGUAGUGAAAGUGUUUAUACGUGCACCCAUAUAUUAAUAUUGUAAAUGUUUUUUUAGUUUUUCUUUCAUUUCUGUUACUGUACCAUAAAUUCUGUGUUUAUUUUUCAAUUAUUUUCUAUUUGGAUUUCUGGCUACAUCCAAAGGGCUGUAAUCUCGACUUGUGUACAUACAGGAUUCAUUUGGUUUUUCACUCUUUCAGACUGAAACAAGUUUGGACCAUAAAGCCUUUUUCUCGUACUGUUGAACAGAUUUAAAUGGACCACGGAAAUACAGAGAGUUUCAGGAAUGUGGUUUUCUCUUUGUUUGGAUUUUCAGUUAGUGGAACCGAGCACAUGUCGACCCGUUUGACCAGCGCAAAGCGGAUCGCGAUUGAAAAAAACAUUUAUAAAGCGGCCAGAACAAAAGUAUUGGACCGUUUUAUUCUGUAUUAAUGUGUUUUAAGUCCAGGGGAAGACUUUCUUGAGUGGUUUAUGUUCUUGGGUGAAUUUCAUGAAUGCUUUCAAGAUCUUGUCCAGGUCGUAUUUCACUCCCAACCAAAAGAAAAAUUAUAUUUUGCAUAAAAUAUUAAAGGAAUAGUUCACCAAAAACUGAAAAUUAGCUGAAAAUCUCCAAGGUUAGGAUGAGUUUGUUUCUUCAUCAGAUUUGGAGAAAUGUAGCAUUGCAUCACUUGCUUAACUUAACAAUGGAUGCUGUGCAGUGAAUGGGUGCCGUCAGACCGAGAGUCUGAUAAAAACAUCACAAUAAUCCACACCACUCUACAACAUCAAUUAAUGACUUGUGAAGUGAAAAGAUGCGUGUUUGUAAGAAGCAAAUUCAUUAUUAAGUCGUUUUAAACUGUUGCUUACAGCAAAAAUACGAGUUUGGACUCUCAUUCUGGCGGCACCCAUUCAUUACAGAGGAUCCACUGGUGAGCAAGUGAUGCAAUGCUACAUUUCUACAAAUCAAGGUUUUUUUUGGGGGUGAGCUAUUCCUUAAACUAUUUUUCGCCUUUUGACAUGUUCCUGACUAUUGACUAAAUUUGUGUUUUAUUUGAUGAAUAAAAAUGAAGAAAUAAAAAGAUUUGCAGUGUGCUUAGAUAUUCUUAGUAUUUGUUAAAUAGCUUUUAAUUUCUGAAAAUUGUUUUACUGUAUUACGGUAAUAAUGAUAAUCCCCUUUAGAGAUGAUUUAUGUUUGGGAAAACACUUGUCAUAUUUUCACACUGCAAAAAAUGUUUAUGUGAAGUAUCGUCAUCACUAUUAUUAUUAUUGUUAUUCGAGUGAAAUAUGACCUGUGUGUUUGAGUGUCUUUAUUUCAGCUGUUAUCAUAAAUGAAGUUGUGUAAACACUAGAUGAAAGUGUUGAAUGUACCAUAUACUGUAUAUGGCUCUUACUGUACAUCUGAUUUCUGACUUCAACAAACUGUAAGUAGCUCAAACAGCUGCGUUUGAAAUUAAAAUCCUUCUGCACCCCGGAUGUACUCCAGA